GACAACUGCGUGCUGGGGGAUUAGCAGGGGAUUUUGUCGUAAAGGAAUUACGGAAAUGGAAAAGGGACUUCAAAGCUCAGAAGAGACGGUCCCACUUCUAUCAGGGCCUUCUCGGGGUCUUGAGCAAUGUUAAUUUGCAUUGAUUGCAAACAGGGUGCGGGAUUCUCUGACGCAAACAAAGAAAAGGUCCCGGAGAAAGGAAUCAGUCUCUUCAGUCCGGCGCAUGCCUCAAAUUCAUUUUUCCUUUGAAUUACUCAUUUUUUUGAAUUUCGCACCGGAAACUUUUCUAGGAGAAGUUCGAAUCCGUUCCGUUCGGAUAUUGAUCGGUCUUGGUUUGACAUGGUUUACGCGUUACUGGUUCCCGGAAGAGUCAAUUUCUCCAUUAGCUAAACCCUUUAUUACCCUACCUUUGGACUCGUAUUUUGUUUGUACACAAUCAACGGAGGCCCCCCCGACAUAUGUUGCAACGUCUUCAAUAGCAUGCUCUUACUUCGUCUUUCCCUUAAUAAGUCAUCAAAUUUGGUGCUUUUCGAUCCCCAGUUGCUAUGGGGAACAAAGGCAGAAAUACAAUAGAAUCCUCCAUUUAAGUGGUUCUCGCUUCUCCUUGUUCCUGCUCCUAACUCCUCCCCGGGUAGUUCCCAAUGUUUGGCACUUUCCAUACUUCGUGGGUGCAACAUCAACAAAUUCGCUCAUGAUCAAGUUACAACCUAAGAUCUAUGACUAUAUUAUGUUAACUGUUCGUAUUUUGUUCAUUCCAUCGGUAUGCUCCCAGGUACCUGUAAUUGUGAUCUGUUUGCCAGAACCAAGGGGUCUUUCUGUGGAAACCUUCACGAGCAAUCGUCGUUUUUUGAUGGUUUUUCCGCUUUUCACAGCUGCUCUUUCCACACCCCCGGAUAUCUGGUGCCAAACCGUCGCCCCUUUCCUUAUAUAUUCGAUAAUCGAGUUUGCUAUCUUUGUGGCAUUGAUUGUACAAGUUCGUGAAGAGGGCUGGACGAGUAGAAUGAGGGAAAGCGGCUCGAUCGAGAAAAAAGAGGAGUAGACUAGAAAACCUAGAACUUAAAAAGUCACUAUCAAUGAAUUCCCGAGCAAUUCUAAACCAACAUAUGCUCCGUAUAGACGGAAUCUCAGAUAAGAACCUAACAGAAGUUUCGCGACUCCUUCAUGGAAUAUAGGUCUGAGUAUAUAAAUAAUGUCAGUUCGAACCUGACGAGUCGUUAUCAUCUGUUGCCCUAACUGAGUCCAUUAGCUCUUGUUGCCCUUCUAUGGUGGGGAUCCAUAGAGAGUUCGUUUUAUGAAAUAUCUGAUAAAGUAAAAAAAAAAGAGAGACAGGUGGUUGCAACAAUCACAAACCAUAGAAAAAAAUGCAUAUCCCGUGUGUGCUCUAGUUUCGGGUUCUCCUAGACCACCAUUAUGAACCAAAAACAACCAUACCUAGUGAAGGGGAGCUCUUCGCAGCUGUCAGUGGAAAGAUGGAAAUUGGUUCUAAAAGAGCCGAGCUAGGGAUAAGAGAUAUGGUUGGUUGGCAGAAUGGAAGGAAUGCUAUUCUAAUGGGAACCGGGAAAAGAAUGGUUCCCAAUACAGGGCCCGAAGAAGAGAGACGAAAGGAAGUAGUGAAAGAAGAAAUAAAGUACGCGGAUCAAAGUGAAAAAUCACAUAGCUACUAAGUCAAAACGUCCAAUGAGAAUGGAGAUCAAGAGGGACAUGAAAUCCAUUAGCAGCUCUAUCAGUUAUUUCAUUAUUAGCAUUCCUUAACCAAUA